UCCUUACUAGGGAACCGUAGGCAUUUGUCUCAUCCUCCACUACGACCUGUGGUUUGUGCUAUCUGACGUGAGAUAAACACCGGUGGAAAGCUAGCAGUCAGAACUAUGGAGCAGAUACAUGAUAUCCAGGUCGUUCCGUGCACUAACUCCAAUUAUCUGAAACCAUUCAGGGUGCACUAUAACCAGAAUGGGACAAAGAAAUCGUGGGACUUCAUGCGAACUCAUGACAGUGUUUCAGUGCUGAUCUUCAACACCACCUCACACUGCUUCAUCUUGGUCAAGCAGUUCCGCCCAGCCGUGUACAUGUGUGAGUGGGAGAGGACCAAGGAGCCAGCCGUGCAGGCAGCGGCGGGGGAGGAGGAUGUGGCUGCGGCUGCAGCCACUGCUAUCCCGGAGACUCCCAUCGGCGAGACUCCCCAGGAGGAGGCUGUUGCUACGGCUGGGGGCGUCAAGACCCACCAGCCCCCGGGCUCGGCGGGUAUGACCUACGAGCUGUGUGCAGGCCUGGUGGACAAGGCCAACCUGUCGCUGGAGGAGAUUGCCAAGCAGGAGGUGCUGGAGGAGUGUGGCUACGACGUGCCAGUCGCCAAGCUGCGGAGGAUCACCUCGUACAGCUCCGGCGUAGGUGUGACAGGAGCCAAGCAGACCAUGUUCUACGCCGAGGUGUCGGACGAGAACCGGGUGGGCGAGGGCGGAGGCGUGCCUCAGGAGGGGGAGCUGAUCGAAGUGGUCAAAGUGCCCCUCCAUGAGGCCAUGACCUUUGCCUAUGACGAGAGCAUCCCCAAGACCAUGGGCGUCAUCUUCAGCUUCAUCUGGUUCCACAACAACAUGUCGCCCAAGUACAAGAUCUCCACCAACGUGUAACCCACCCAACCCCGUCCUUGCACUCUUGAGCCUGAGGUAGAAGUUGCAGUUAACAACAGAUCUGGGAUCAGAAGACCCUAACCCCAAGCCUAAUCUUUACUAUUAAGGGUAUGGAGAAAAAUAUCUGACCCUGUGUCAGUGGUUAGAGACAACUUCAAUCUACUCCCAACACCUUGCCUCUGACCAUUUCCAUAUAAAAUGGCCCCGUGGCAACCAUUUUUGUCUUGUUACUAACCGUGUUCUUUUUUGGGGGUUUGUCAAAUUUUUUAUCUUAAUUACUUUUCCUUGCCAUAUUCACUUUUUGUUGUUUGUAACCUUUUCCUCACAGAGGUCACGAAGAUGGCAACAUCACUCUUGUUCAGAGCUGCUAGUCUGUAGUUGAUUUGAUCACAUUCCAGUAAUGCGAAAAUGUUGUUUCUUAUUCAGUGCCAGAGUUUAUCACAUAUGACGGUCGUUGCUGAGUCUGUUAAAUUGCCACAGCUGUUCCAGG